CCCGUGGAGAAGACUUCAUUGGACGUUGAAUUCUAACGCGUCCAAUUUUUUUCCUCUCUCAAAAAUACUAAUGGCCUCUGCACCGACGCUCCCGAUUUCGACAUCCCAAUCUGACACGGCGUCGCAGUCGAUCUCCACCCCCGCCUUCCGCUCCUUCCUCUCCAACCUUUCCGCAAACAUCCGCCAUGGCUUCUCCCAGCGCCGCCCCUGGUACGAACUCCUCGAUCGGUCUUCCUUCGCCCGCCCUGACUCCUUAUCUGAAGCCGCGUCCCGCAUCCGCAAGAACUUCUCAUACUUUCGUAUCAAUUACAUUUCCCUAAUCGCGCUUUCACUCGCGCUCUCCCUUGUUUCCCACCCCUUUUCGUUACUUGUUCUAUUAGCUCUGCUUGGUGCGUGGCUUUUCCUUUACUUGUUCCGUCCUUCGGAUCAGCCACUUGUUAUCGCCGGACGCAUAUUUUCGCCUCGUGAGAUUUUGGGGAUUUUGGUGGUGUCAACCGUAGUUGUGGUGUUCCUCACCAGCGUUGGAUCGCUGCUCAUCUCUGCUUUGCUUGUCGGCCUUGCCGUUGUUUGUACACAUGGUGCAUUUCGCGUGCCUGAGGAUUUGUUCCUGGACGAUUCAGAGCCGGCUAAUGCUGGGCUUCUUUCCUUUCUAGGUGGCGCAGCUUCCGCCGCGGCUGCAGCUGCCCCAUCAGUCGCUACGCGUGUGUAAUUGAAUUCGAUCGAAUCAGGUCGGAUGUAAUGGGAUUGAGGGUAAAGGUAAUCCUAUUUGAUGGUUAUUUGAAUAUUAUACAUUAGAAUUGUAAUAUAUCUUGGUAGAACAAUAUAUGAGGAACUGCUUCGUCAUCAGGGGAAAUUUGCUGGAGAUUUUUGUAUCUAGAUUGGAUCUAUCACCUGCGAUUUAAAAUCUGUGUUUUGGAUGCUUUGCCUAAUCUUUA